ACAUCGUCCAUGUGAGUGAUUUCACGAUUUGUUCACCCUCGUUGGACCAAUUGUUUAACGUUUUUCUUCUCUCUAUCGAAAGUUGAAUACAGUUUUAUUACACGUGAUUACUACGCGAAAUAUUUUACCGCAUUUUUACUGUUAAAAGUCCCUGAAGCAAAAUGUCAGCAAUCAGUUUAUUGAAUCCGAAAGCCGAAUUUGCUAGAGCUGCUCAAGCUCUAGCAAUUAAUACUUCGGCUGCAAAAGGUAUCCAGGAAGUCAUGAAAACGAAUUUGGGGCCCAAGGGAACCAUGAAAAUGCUUGUGUCAGGGGCUGGAGACAUUAAAAUCACCAAGGACGGUAACGUUCUGCUCCAAGAAAUGCAAAUCCAACAUCCAACAGCUUCCCUCAUAGCCCGAGCAUCAACAGCUCAAGAUGAUAUGACCGGAGACGGUACCACUAGCACAGUCCUACUUAUUGCAGAACUCCUCAAACAAGCAGAGCUGUACAUUUCCGAAGGUCUUCAUCCAAGAAUGCUCACUGAUGGUUUCGAACUCGCAAGAGCUAAAUCCAUCGAAAUCCUCGACUCGAUGAAAAUCGCUGCUGAACCUUCCCGAGAGAUUUUGGUUGAUGUGGCAAGGACUUCUUUGAGGACUAAAAUCCAUCCCAGCGUGGCUGAUAAACUAACAGAGAUCUGCGUUGAUGCUAUACUGAACAUUCGGCAAGAAAAUGAUCAGAUAGACCUCCAUAUGGUUGAGAUCAUGGAGAUGCAGCACAGAACUGCUUCCGACACGACUCUCGUAAAAGGAAUUGUUAUGGACCAUGGAUCCAGACAUCCGGACAUGCCCAAGAGAGUUGAAAAUGCUUACAUCUUGACAUGCAACGUCAGUUUGGAGUACGAGAAGAGCGAGGUCAACAGUGGUUUUUUCUACAAAUCAGCUGCAGAGCGUGAAAAGCUUGUAACAGCCGAGCGAGAAUUCAUCGAUAAUCGAGUGAAGAAAAUAAUCGAGCUGAAGAGAAAAGUUUGCAACGGAACUAACAAAUCGUUCGUCAUAAUUAACCAGAAGGGUAUCGACCCUCCGUCCCUGGACAUGCUUGCUAAGGAAAAUAUUGUAGCUUUGCGUCGUGCUAAACGUAGGAAUAUGGAACGCUUAUCACUCGCUUGCGGAGGUGUUGCCAUGAAUUCUGUUGAUGACCUGAAAGAAGAACAUCUCGGCUGGGCCGGGCUUGUCUAUGAACACGUAUUGGGAGAAACAAAAUACACUUUUGUAGAAGAUUGUAAGAAACCAACGUCUGUCACGAUUCUCUUGAAGGGACCGAAUAAGUACACUUUGGUGCAACUCAAAGAUGCAGUUCGUGAUGGUUUGAGAGCAAUAAAAAACGCGAUUGAUGAUCAUGCCGUCAUCCCUGGUGCUGGAGCUUUUGAAGUUGCUGCAAGCCGUGCGUUGCAUCAGUACAAAGACGACGUUAAGGGAAAACAGAGAUUGGGAGUUCAGGCUUACGCAGAUGCUCUGCUAAUUAUUCCAAAAACUCUCGCUGUGAAUAGUGGAUUCGACGCUCAGGAUAGUAUCGUGAAACUUCUUGAAGAGUCAAAAGUUUUGGGUGAACCAGUGGGUUUAGAUCUUUCAUCGGGCGAGGCCUUGAGACCUGCCGAUGCUGGCAUUUACGACAAUUAUAUCGUGAAGAAGCAGAUAAUCAAUUCCUGCACUGUGAUCGCCAGUAAUCUCCUUCUCGUAGAUGAAAUUAUGAGAGCUGGAUUAUCUUCGUUGAAAGGCUAACAAGAUUAUUAAUUAAUACGUAUUAUCUAAUCGUACAUUUUUUGUUUUCGCCACAUUUAUUAACAGCUUUAUACAUUUAAUUAUGGUUGAUUGAAAAUCAAACAAUUUGUAUCGUUCAAGCUUAAUAAAA